AUGGUGGACCAAGGUGUCUUGUACAAAUGCCUGAGCUGCCAUGAAGAUUUGAUACAGGACCUUGGCACCUAUGAGCUGGUGUCCAGGAACCAAGCCACUGACCCAGGUGGCUUGAUGGAAAUCAUUGCCUUGUUGGAGUCCUUGGUCAAGGUCCCUGCCACCUUCGAAGUGCAUUCAGGUCCACUCAGGACCUGUUUGCUGACCUUGGCCAAGGACAAGCCAAGCUUAAACACUUCAAAAUUCAAUGGGCAGGUCUGGGCCAACAUCAAGACUGAAAGGCUUGUGGUGGUCAUGGCUCACUGCAGAAGGCUAAAAAAUGAUGCUGAGAUGAGGAAAGCUGCUGCCAAGCUUAAAUCUGUAGACUACCAAAGGCUGCAGAAUCUGGUUGACAAAAUCAGAGACAAAGAUGAGCAGGAAGAGCCUGAAAGAAUGAGGGAUGACAUGUCCCUGGACUCAGAGGGAUACCCCAAUGAACUGAAAACACCACCAGCCAAAAAAACCUUGACAAAACGUAAGAGGUCUGCUGAAGAAUUGGAAGAUGAAGAGCACUUGCCAAAAGUGAACACUUCCUUCUUCAGGAAAAAGAUAGGGUCCAGGGCAGCCAAAUCCUCCAAGGCCUGGGGCCAAGAAGAUGAGGAUGAAGGCUUGGCAAAAGCCAUUGGCUUGCCAAAGGCCUUGCCAAAAGGACAAGCAAAGAAGAGGCCAGCAGCAACUCUGAAGAAACCCUUGACAAAAGGGACUGCAAAAAUGAGGAAACCAGCUGCAUCCUGCAGCUCAGGAAAGUCACCUGCAGGGGUGCAGGCAGAAGUGAAGCCCAAAGGCCAAAAGUGGCAUAAGUUGAAGGUGACAUAUGCAAAGAAACCUGAAAGGGCAUACAUCACUGCACAGUCUGCACCCAAGGAAAAAUUCAGGCUCCUGGUGGAGGGAGCUCAGAGAAAGCCUCUGCUGAGCAGCAUGGCAUGCCUUGACAAAAGGCUGAAUGCUGUGCACUGGCUGUGCACAAUGAAGCAAAGCUCCUUGGCAAAAGGUAUAGCUUUCCUUGGCAAAAGGCCAACUGGCAGUGGCACCACCUCCCAUGCCAGAAGGGCAAGGAUCCAGGCAGCUGCCCAAGAAAGGGACAGGCUAGCUGCCCUGGGGGACAGUGCUGCUUUGGCUGACAAAGCCAAGAAGGAAGCACAGAAAGCUGCUUCUAUGAAGAAGCAGGCUGAAGAGGCUGCUGAGCAGGCAGCAAGGACAGCUGCCCAGGCAGCUGAAGCAGCUGCAGCUGCCAGCCAAGCAGCUGGAUGGGUGGAAGUUGGGCCAUCCAGGAAAAAGCCCAGGAAAGGGCCUCCUUGCCAAAAGGAGAAACCAAACAAAAGGGAACCUCCUUGCCAAAAGGAGCAGCCAAAGAAAAAGGAAACUCCUUGCCAAAAGGAGCAGCAAAAGAAAAAGGAAACUCCUUGCCCAAAGGAGCAGCCAAAGAAAAAGGCAACUCCUUGCCAAAAGGGGCAGGCAAACAAGAAGGAAACUCCUUGCCAAAAGGAGCAAGAAAAGAAAGAUGCUCCUGGCCAAAAGGAGCAAGAAAAGAAAGAUGCUCCUGACCAAAAGGCCCAGAAGGAAAGUGUCCCUCCUGAAGGUUCCAAAGAUGGGGUGUCAAAGAAACUUGGCCCUUCAGAGAAGGAACAAGCAAAGGAAAAGGAGCAGAGCAAAGGCUUGACAAAAGCAAAAGAUGAUUCCUUGCCAAAAGGAAAAACAUCAAGCCAACAGAGCAGUGAUGAUGGAAUGAGUGUGGACUGGGGCAACAGUAGCUCCAGUGCCAGUGCCAGCUCUGGCACACCAUCACCUGGCAGCCCUGACCCCUUGACAAAAGGGGAUGAUGGCAAAAAGGGCUUGCCAAAAAAGCAGCCACCCAAGAGGGUUGCAGUGGACUGGCACAAGGUCCUGGUGCAUAACAACCUGUAUGACCUCACAGCCACCCCAUGGCUGCAGAAGCUCAAGGAUGCAGGGUAUGAAGUGCACCUGUUGAGCUACUGUGGCUGGAAGAGAAGCCAUGAGGUGUAUGACUGGGCCUGGUUUGAAUGGAAUGGCUGGGCCUCAGUCAGCUUCACCUGGAAGCAAUGUGGCAAGGAAGGGAAAGCCCAGUGGUGCCUGGACAAUGGGGUAAGCAAGCUGGUGGAUGACAAUGCUGAAAUUUGUUCUGAAGCCAUUCAGUUUGGCAUCCAGGCUUACCCCAUUGUGCCUGCUGGUCAGAGAAGGAAAAAGGGGCAGCCUAAGCUCCAAAGCUGCUUCUCUGACUUUGCAGCUGCAGCCAUUGACAUCCUCAAGGCCCAAGAGGCUGUGGCACUGCAAUGGGAAACCUUGGCAAAAGGUUCAUGGAUGCUGGCAGGUUCUAGCAAGGACACACCCUUGACAAAAGGAAAGCAGAAAAAUGCUUUGAACAAAAAAGCAUUGGAUGACCUGGGGGAGCUAAGCCUGAAAGAAAGAAUCAAGAAAGCCACAGAAGGAGCUGAGACUGCAGAAGAGGCAGCGCUAGCAUUGAAAAAACAAUUGACCCCCAAGGAGCAGCAAAGUGCAUGGUCCAAAAUGAAAACCAAAAUGAAAAAUGACCCAGCAGAAGCAAAGAAGGUGGAAAACAUGUCCAAGAAGGAAAUUGGCAUCUAUGCCACCAUGUGCCUCUUGAAGGCUGAGGCUCCCAAGUUCAUGGCCUUAAAGCAGGAGUUGAACUCAGGUGUCUCCUUGACAAAAGGAGAAACAUGGGAGUCAGAACUUCAGAUGCUGCAGAAAUUUACCAGAGAAGAGCUGGAGCUUCACUUGGCCUCUGGCCGAGUGAAGUGGAGAGCAGACCCAUGGACAGGGGGAUGCUACCAAUACCAAGACCAGGGGGACAUCAAGAAAACAAGUACUGUCACCCAUAGCAAUGCAUAUGCUUGGGGGCAGGAAUAUGAAGCUGAGAAUGAAGAAGCUUGGGACAGCCACUUCACCAAGGAUAAUGACAAUGAUGAUAAGACAGAGGACCAGGAGUGGUCCACAUGCUUGACAAAAGCAAGGAAAGCUAGGGACCUCUUGGUGAGCAGCCAGGCCAAUCUGCAGGAGGAUAUGGCAAAAGCUGCCAGCUGCCAAAGGCUGAGCAAGGGCACCAAGAAGGAUGCAGACACACUGCUCAGCAAAGCCCAAGCAAUGGAGAAGAAGUGCAAAGACCUCUUGCUCAAGGGGAAGAAAGCUCUUAGCUUGACAAAAGCUAAAGGUCUGAUCCAGGAUGCCACCACACUGAGCAAGGAGCUGAAGGAUCAGAAGAAGGAGAUCUCAGUUGUGGCAAACAAAGCCUACUCCAAGGCAGGAACAGCCAAGUGA